CAACACUCUGGAUGUGGUUGGAUUAAUUUCUGGGGUUCACAAUUUAUAUACAUAAUGAGUGGGCAAUAAUCCAUGGGGAUCUGUGGAGACGUUUACGGUCAACUUUGUGCAUUAGGAAAGUCAAGAAAAAUAGCUUGGCAAAGGCAGAUGCAAUUUUCAUUAAUGGAAAGGGUGUGUGGUCCUUCAGAAGGAGAAAGAGUUGGCUGGGAUAGGGGGAGGAGGAAUCCUGCAAAUAGCCUCAAACGCAGCAUCUCCGUGGCGCAGGCCAGCAGUGUCCUCUGGCAAACAAGUGUGCAAGGCUGUCCUCCGGGGCUUGUAAGUGCAGCCGGGGAUGGCCCCGGCACGGCAGCCUUGCCCUGCCAGUCACCGCCCCUCGGCACUCUGCAGGCAAAAGGGCACGGCCACAGCGGCUCCGGCGCAGCGUUCCAGGGCUCGGUGCGAUUCCUUAUUCACUGUGCUCCUGGAGCAGCUCCAGCGUCCCGGCUGUGCCGCCAGCGCACGGAUUCAUCAAGUGGCACAAGGCUCACAACCCCCAGAGGCAAGAGCAGGCUGUGGGGAGGUGAUUGAUAUCACAAAUCGGUGUCUCCGCAGGACCGGCAGGGCUCUGGGAAGACCGCACGGGCAUCCUCACCCCUCCUGCCUCCCUAGCUCAUCAGGGUGAUUGAGGGGCAGCCGCACUCUGGAUGGAUUUCAUUGCGGGGGCCAUUGGAGGUGGUCUAAGCACAGCCGUGGGUUAUCCACUGGACACAGUAAAGGUGAGAAUUCAGACUGAGAACCACUACAGAGGAUUUUGGCACUGUGUUCAGGAAACAUACAGGACAGAAAAGGUUGUGUUGACAAACCCCAGUGAAGUGGCUAAAGUUCGGAUGCAGACUCAGAGGAACCCACACCCUUCCAUCACACAUCAGCCUGUUUCCGAGCCAAAGUACCGAGGGUCUCUGCACUGUCUGAAGGUUAUCAUCAAGGAGGAAGGAUUAAGAGGUCUCUACAAGGGCUGUUCUGCAUUACUCUGCAGGGACUGCUCUGCUUCUGCUGUAUAUUUCCUUUCCUACUCUGUUCUGUGUGACUGGCUCACACCAGACACGAGAAAUAAACCAGGUUUCCUCGUUGUGCUGCUUUCUGGUGGCUUUGCUGGAGUCCUGGCCUGGGGAUUUGCUACCCCCAUGGAUGUCAUCAAAUCACGCAUGCAAACAGAUGAAUCGGAGCAGCACAAGUACAAAGGCCUGGUCCAUUGUGUGAGGGAAAGUGUGAGGAAGGAGGGGGCAAAGGUGCUUUUCAAAGGACUGGGUUUAAACUGCGUUCGUGCCUUUCCCGUGAACAUGGUAGUCUUUGUAACGUAUGAAGGUGUACUGAGAUUUACAGAGCAUUAUAUAAACAAAAAAUAGCUUGUUCCACUCUG